AUGGAGCUAAUAUGGCCGCCAGUGGACAGCUUGAAGGCAAUAUGGCCGCCAGUGGCCAAGCUGGAACUAAUAUGGCUGCCAGUGGGCAAGCUGGACCUAAUAUGGCUGCCAGUGGUCAAGCUGGACUCAAUAUGGCCGCCAGUGGACAGCUUGAAGGCAAUAUGGCCGCCAGUGGCCAACAUGGAGCUAAUAUGGCCGCCAGUGGACAGAUUGAAGGCAAUAUGGCUGCCCAUGGCCAAACUGGAUCUAAUAUGGCCGCCAUUGGACAGCUUGAAGGCAAUAUGGCCGCCAGUGGCCAACAUGGAACUAAUAUGGCCGCCAGUGGCCAACCUGGAUCUAAUAUGGCCGCCAGUGGGCAAGCUGGACCUAAUAUGGCCGCCAGUGGACAGAUUGAAGGCAAUAUGGCCGCCAGUGGCCAAGCUGGAGCUAAUAUGGCCGCCAUUGGACAGCUUGAAGGCAAUAUGGCCGCCAGUGGACAAGCAGGAUCUAAUAUGGCCACCAUUGGACAGCUUGAAGGCAAUAUGGCCGCCAGUGGCCAACAUGGACCUAAUAUGGCCGCCAGUGGCCAACAUGGAGCUAAUAUGGCCGCCAGUGGACAGCUUGAAGGCAAUAUGGCUGCCAGUGGUCAAGCUGGAUCUAAUAUGGCCGCCAGUGGCCAAGCUGGACCUAAUAUGGCUGCCAGUGGGCAAGCUGGACUCAAUAUGGCCGCCAGUGGGCAAGCUGGACCUAAUAUGGCCGCCAGUGGGCAAGCUGGAUCUAAUAUGGCUGCCAGUGGACAGCUUGAAGGCAAUAUGGCUGCCAGCGGCCAACAUGGAGCUAAUAUGGCCGCCAUUGGACAGCUUGAAGGCAAUAUGGCCGCCAGUGGCCAAGCUGGAUCUAAUAUGGCCGCCAGUGGCCAACUGGGCCCCAAUAUGGCUGCCAGAAGCCAAGCUGGACCUAAUAUGGCUGCUGCUGGCCAACCUGGACCUAAUAUGGCCACCACCAACCCCAAUAUGGCCGCCAACAACCCCAAUAUGGCCGCCAACAACCCCAAUAUGGCCGCCAGUUCCAAUAUGGCCGCCAUCAACUCCAAUAUGGCCGCCAGUUCCAAUAUGGCCGCCAUCAAUAUGGCCUCCAGUUCCAAUAUGGCCGCCAACAGCCCCAAUAUGGCCGCCACCAACAUGGCCGCCCCCAGUUCCAAUAUGGCGGCCGAGGUCACCUUCCGCUGCCCCCUGUGCCCCAAAAGCUUCCGGGUCAGGGCGGGGCUUCGCCGCCAUCAGCGCCGCCAUGGCCACGCCCCCUCCGCCCAGGCCACGCCCACUUCCGGUUUACCAUAAAAGGGCAUUUGUUGUUGGCUCCGCCCACCGCGUAUGCAAAUAAACUGGGGUACACGUGA